GGCGGCUGGCUUGACUGCGGCUCACAAAUGACGGCGCACUUGACCGCGGUGAAACAGACAUGAGCUCAACGUGUGUCCCUUUUUCUGUUCUUUAUCACAGAUAAUGAAAUAAAAUUUCACAAAUGAUGGACAAGUCCACUGAGAACCCCGGCAAUGACACGGUGUCCACCAAGAGCAACAAAUCCAUCAAGAGCGAUGAGAAGAUGCUGACUGAAGGUGGCAUAAAUGUGGGCAUGAUGGAGAAGUUUAGAAGGAGCUUCCGGCUUCCAACACGCAAUCUUCGUCACCUAGUGAAUCCCAGUAAUACUGUUAAGACAGAGUUUUCUUUUAGACGGAAAGGGGACAAGGAUAGACGCUCCCCGAUACUAGAGAAACCUAAUUUUGAGGAAUACCUUGAAAUGCAAGCCUUUUGUGAGGCCACUCAGCAACUGAUAGACAGGGAGAAACAUCUGUUUUGGGAGACAGCUGAGGCUAACAAGGAAGCAGUAGAAAAGCUUGCUGCAGACCAUAAAGCCCUUGAAGAGCGUAUAGAGCAGACUGUGCAGCAGAGUCUUUCUCUCAGCAGUGAGGAAGCAUCAGUGUCUGCUCUGAAGUCUGCAGUGAAAGCCAUCAACCUUGAGGAAGAGCAGGACCAGCUGUGGAGACAAAGAUGCCAGACUCCACCAGCCUGGAGGCCCAAGAAAUGGAAGGAGCACCAUGACAAAGUGCUCCAUGAAUUAGUGUAUAGUCGUUUGGAGAACCCAUCGAGCCCCACUGGUGACCAGGUGAACCUGUCCUCGAUCCAGGCAGACAUCCAGUCCAUGGGCAGGCAGCUGAAGGAGGACCUGCAGUGGGUGGUGGAGGUGGUGAAGAACUGCUACCCACCAGAGAUGGACAUCUGUAACUUUUAUGCAAGACUGUACCAUCAAACUUUCAGCGCAAGACUCAAAAACAUUGCAGACUUUGUUCUGGAUGACAAGGACUGCAGUUUCCUCCUGCGAUGGGUGAAGGAGUUUUAUCCAGGAAUCCUUGAAAAACCUGAGCUGGCCAGUAAUAUCAAUACUGAAGCGCUGGGAAACCUGCUUCCUGACGAGUUACUGAAACCUCUGGAGGAGCAGUACCUCAGCAAACAACAGAGCGACCUGAUGAUUUUUAUUGGCCGAGUAUUGGAUGAAGCAAAGAAAGAGUGGGAUCAAGGAAAGGAGCCGACAAGAGAUGAUGGUUGCUACAUCAGUCCUGUGGCCUAUGAUGUCAUCCAGUUGAUCAACGGCAUCGUGACAUCAUCACAUAUAACUGUAAGAGACCCGCACAAGGCCCAGAAAAUAACAUCCAACCUGACAGACUUCAUGCAGAGGUAUCAAAAUUUUCAUGAAGACAUCAUUAAGCAAAACAAGCCGCACAGCAAAGCUUUCAUAAAGGCAAACCUCAGAUGUGUCGAACAGUUCAGGGACUUCCUUGUGGACCGCGAUCUGUUCCCAGAGGAUGUGCGGGAAAACUGUUUGCGAGGUCUGACUGAGAUGAAACAGUCUGCUCACACUUAUUUAUUAAAACCUGUGCACAAGAUCCUCAAGCCACACUACCAGAAGGUGGGAACCAGUGACUGGCUGAUGAAUAACACGUUUGAGGAGCUGCUGAAUAGCACUGAAGAAGAGCUUCAAGAACUUCAGGGUUCAAGUCAGUCCUCUUACCAGGAGCUGAUUGGUCAGCUUCACCAGGAAGUGACAGAAGAAUAUGUCCGGAGGCUUCUGAAAGGAGAGGUCAAACUGAAGGACAGCAAUCAGCAGCAGAAGGCUUACGAGACUGUGAAAGAAAAUGCAGAGAAACUGCACGAGCUGUUUGCCAAAAUGGGAUCCAAACAAGACUGGUUAAAGGAAAUCCUGACCAACAUUGCAGAAGUGCUAAAACUCCAAGAUAUUCCUGCCAUACAGAUGCAAAUUGUUUCACUGGGAUCUGCUUAUCCUGACCUCAGUGAAGAACAUGUUUCGGCUCUGCUCAAACUCAAAACAAACCUCUCUAAAGCCGACAUGAAUACCAUCACAUCCACUGUGCUGGACAUACUAAGAGAAAGCUAUACUGGUGGUGAAACCCGGAUGUUUUUCUCCAAUGUUGAAGUGAUGAACCGUUCAUAUCCUUUCUGUAUCUCAUCAUACCGUGGAUAAGAUGAGCUGAAUUCUAGUGCUUUCAGUCUGUCUGUAAAGAUGUACAAAGUGGCUGCCAUGGACAAGCCUGAUUCUAAUGUUACAGGUACUAUGCUAAUAACAAACAUCACACUGUGUGUGUCCACAUGUGACCAAAUUGCAGGAGACAAUCUUUCCUCUCUGUAUUUUUGCAUUUUUUUGUUGUAUUGUGACUCUCUCUUAAAACAUCGUCACCAUGUGCUCUGCUUCACUUGGAGGUAAACAUAGUUUCAUACAGAGAUAAAUGGGGCAGAGGAAAUAUGAAUGUUUGUUCCGAAUGAUUUACUAAUAUAUGCACCGUGGUGACAACAAAAAAGGCUGGCAUGCACGUUUCACAAAUGUGACGGUAAUUUUGCAUUUGAUUUUUGCGCAGGGUAAAAAUAUUUCCCGGCAAAUAUUAGUAAAUGAGGCCCAUUGUCUCCCCAUGUUUCUAGUACAAGUUAAUCUUGGUUUCAUCUUUUAAAACAGGGGCGUUUUUAGCCCAUUUUUGGAGGUGCUGAAAUGAAUCAAAGCACCCCUAAAG